CGCUGGCACGUUCCGGUGACGCGGAGAAGUCUGGAUCGGAGGCUUGCACCUGGACGCGAGUUUUGCCGAGUUCUGGGUUCGUCUCCAGGUGUUAGACGGACCCCACAGCUUACCCAGUAAUUACAAAAAAUCUGUCGUUUUUAUAUUUACUUUCGCACACCUUCCUGUGGGAGAAAACAAAACAAAAAAAAAAACCCUCUCAAAGAUUUUUUUUUGACGCGUCUGUGAGGACGGGAUGUCCGCCGAUACGUAAAGAGGACGGCGCCGGAUGGAUGAGCGGACGGAUGGAUGGAUGCACUGGAAUAUUACUAUGAACUAAAUGCUCGGAGGAGGAAUCUGCUCUUGGAUCUUUCUCUCUGGAGUUCUUGAUUGUUUUCUUCCUGAUCAGUGAAAGCCAUCUCCCGUCCUGAGGAUCUGAUCACCUGCUAUGCGUCUGGUGUGGAGGAUACCUGGCGGAAGGUGUUCAGCGGGAUCCAGCCUGACAGGACACAACUUCAGCAUCUGAUAACCCAAAGCCCCGCUUCCCAUUCGUUUUGCCCCAUUUAAAAAAAAAAAAAAAAAAACACCAAUCGUGUGCGUGAUGCGCGUGGAAUGAGGACAGAUGAUGGAUAUAAUUUGGGAGCUAUUGAUCAUUCUUCACGCGAAUGUUAUUGUGUGCAUAUCAGCUCAACCAAACCUACCGAAAAUUCAUGAAGGAUGGUGGGCGUACAAGGAAGUGGUGCAAGGGAGCUUUGUUCCAGUGCCCUCCUUCUGGGGAUUGGUAAACUCGGCCUGGAACCUGUGCUCUGUCGGGAAGAGGCAGUCGCCAGUCAACAUAGAAACCAGCCACAUGAUCUUCGACCCCUUCCUCACCCCCAUAAAGCUGAACACAGGCGGACGCAAGGUGGGAGGGACCAUGUACAACACGGGCCGCCACGUCUCUCUGCGACUGGACAAGGAGCAUCUGGUUAACAUCUCCGGGGGCCCGAUGACGUACAGCCAUCGUCUGGAGGAGAUACGACUUCACUUCGGCAGCGAGGACGGCCAGGGCUCUGAACACUUGCUGAACGGACAGGCCUUCUCUGGAGAGGUUCAACUGAUUCACUACAAUCAUGAGCUGUAUACGAAUUACACGGAAGCGGCGAAAAGCCCCAACGGACUGGUCAUAGUGUCCAUAUUCAUGAAGAUCGCUGAGACGUCAAACUCUUUCCUGAAUCGCAUGCUGAACAGAGACACCAUCACAAGAAUAACAUAUAAAAACGAUGCAUAUCUUCUGACUGGCCUCAACAUAGAAGAGAUUUACCCAGAAACGAAUAGUUUUAUCACCUACGAAGGAUCAAUGACUAUCCCUCCAUGCUUUGAAACGGCCACAUGGAUCCUGAUGAACAAGCCAGUGUACCUCACACGCAUGCAGAUGCACUCCUUGCGGCUGCUGAGCCAGAACCAGCCGUCUCAGAUCUUUCUGAGCAUGAGCGACAACGUUCGCCCUGUGCAGCCGCUGAACAACCGCUGCAUCCGCACCAACAUCAACUUCAGCAUGCAGGGCAAGGACUGCCCUAACAACAGGGCUCAGAAGCUUCAGUACCGGGUGAAUGAGUGGUUGCUAAAGUAGGCGCCUCCCCCUCUCUCCACCCCUACGGAUGAGCGAGGACAAGAAACGAAUGUCGGAGACGGAGAGUGGGAACGAGGCAAGCGGGCGGGACGUCGGAAUGUGGAAUCGGUCUAAAAGGCUUCAUCUCAUCUGAGAAUCUUUCAUGACAUUGUACAAAGAAAGAAACGGAUCACUUUUUUUUUUCUUGAAUGAGAGAACUUGCAAACAAAAAGACUCUUCUUUUCAUACAUUGAGAACUGUGGUAGCCCUCAAUCUAACACGUCCUUUUAACCUCCCUACACUGUAUGACUACGUCUGUAUGAACAUUUUGAUACAGAUUUUUUUUUUUUUUUUCUGUUUUGGGGUGGGUAGGGCAAUCAAAAUAGAAGACACUUAAAGUAAAAAAAAAAAAAAAAAAAGAAAACUAAAAUGAUUUGAUAGCCUCCCAGCCAACAGGACAACCUCGGGACAUUAAAGCCUUUGUACAUAAAAAAAAAAAAAAAAGAUGCUGCCAUCAGUGGUACCAUUGAACGACAAAACCGACCGGUCAGCGCUAAGCAGUCAACGGGACUCACACGAACAUUUCAUCACGGUCACCCGUACGGGGCAUGUAAUCAGCAGAAAGCAACAAAGACGACACAGCCUUACUUAAGUCUCUUUUUUUUUUUUCUCCCAAAACUGAGUCAUGCUACAGGAAACGAGCAAUCCGGCGCCCGGCUGGGAGCGCCCCGGGCCUCGUGUGUACAUAUUACUAGUAUUAUCCAUACCGGAGAAAAACGACAAUGUAAAGAAAAAGUGACGAAUUACAAAAUAAAAUCCCCCCAAAAAAAAGAAAAAAAGAGAUAUACAUAUAUAAAGAAGAUUUGAAGUGGAAAAAAAAAAAAAAAGAUACAAAAGUUAAGAAUUUUAAACAGCUUGGCACACUUUGAAUUCUCGAGCGGUUCUCGGUGUGAGCUGAUGCCUUUUUUUCUGUUUUCUUGUUUACAAUGGUCAUACACUGUGUUUGAGUAAUGUUAUCGGCCCAAUAAAUGUGUCUAAAAAGUC